AUGUCGAGUGUGACAGAUGCAGGAACAUCCUUACUUUGUGAGGCUAUCUGUUCGGGAGUAAUGCUAGUUAUAGAAUUAUUUGUUUCACAGUAUAUUGAAGUUUCUUUAUCGGAGCGGGAUUUGAUAGAUGGAAAAGUUAUUUGUGAUUCAGAUUGGGUUGGGCUAUGUUCUAUUUCGGGUAUAGGAUCGGGAUUAAUAGCUUCCUCCUCAUCGGGUUGGCUCGUAGCCUUUAGCCGGUCACAUCGGUAUAUGAUGAAAUAUUCUUUUUGGGGAUAUUAUCAGAAUUUAUUUCAGGGAGCAUGGGUACUUGUAAAUUUAUUGGAUUCUGCGAAUUAA